UUUAUGUUUGUUUAGUCAGUGAUCGCCAUUCACUCACUAUUUAGUUAACAUUAAUAUGUGUUUUGAAGUGAUUUUUUGUCAAUCAAUUGAAAACACGCUUUGAAUUGAUUUGUAAACAAUUAAUAAUUAGUUAGUGUUUUGAAAGUCGACUAAAUGUUUGACACAACUUCUGAUUGCAUGUGAUUUGAGUGUCAUUUGUGAAGACAUGACUUGUUUGCUGAUCUUAAGCAACACUUUUCGGUAACACUUCUUGUAUGACAUUUAUGGCGGCAUUUGAAGUGGUCGUCAAAGUGACCAUCAAAUGAAUGACCGAUCGAUGAAAAAUAUAAAUUAAUAAAUAGUUUAUUUAAAAUUCAAUACAAUAUUUGAUAUGAUUUUGUAAAACGAGUCAUAAGAAUCACUUCCAAAGCAACCACAAGAAGAUGUCUACUAAGCGAGCAAUGACUUCAAACAAGACAAACGGCGACUCAAUAGACAACUCGAAAACAAAUCUAAUAAUCAAUUAUUUGCCGCAACAGAUGACAGACCAAGACUUUCGGGUUUUGUUCGCACAAAUCGGUGACAUUCGGUCCGCAAAAAUAAUUCGCAAGAAGUCUAAUGGUUACAGCUAUGGCUUCGGUUUUGUUGAUUAUUUGCUACCCGAAGAUGCCGAGCGGGCUAUUAAGUCAUUGAAUGGCCAUUUAGUUGAGCACAAGAAAAUUAAAGUAGCGUUUGCCCGACCAUCCAGUGAUGACAUAAAACAGGCCAACCUUUACAUCAAGAAUUUGCCCCAAAAUUAUAGCGAUCACGACAUAAGACAACUGUUCUCACCCUUCGGUAAUAUCAUUCAGUGUCGUCUCGUUGCACAUAAAGGUCUGGCCUUUGUGUUGUAUGACCUCCACGACGAGGCAUUGACUGCCAUCGAUGCCAUGAAUGGAAAGACACUGCCCGGUGCUGUCGCACCACUUAAUGUCAAGUUUGCCAACGAUAACAACCAAAAGCAAAAUAGUAAACUUUAUAGCAGUUCAAGGAAGACACGCGUUUCAGGACAAGGAAGUAGUAGUGGUGGCAGUCCUUAUGGGUCACAACGUAGUUACUCUUACUCACAUAUGCCGUAUGAAGGGUACGGUUCAUCCGGUCCGAUGAGACACGUAUCUCAUAAUCCUCGUGAACAUCGAUUCAAUCCGAUAUCAAAUAAUAAUUAUAACUCAAUGCCAUACCAAAGCUAUAGUGACACACAAACGCCAUUAAGCUAUGAUUCAAUGCACCCGUCAAUGUCUCAGUCAUACUCAAUGUCUGCUCCACCGCCACCCGCAACAUAUGGUGCGUCGGGUACUAUAAAUAAUGGAUAUAAUGCUGAAAAAGGAGGUUACAUAUUGUUUGCAUAUAAUAUCGGUCCCGAAACAAAUGAGGACAAUUUGGGCGCUUUGUUCUCACAUUACGGUAAAGUGGUUCGCGUUAAUGUCAUUAGAAAGGAUUCCCGAGAAAGUAAAGGUUUCGGUUUCGUGACAAUGAAGAACUAUAACGACGCACUCAAUGCCAUCAACGCUCUCAAUGGUUACAACUUUACGGGCAAACCAUUGCAGGUGUCAUUCAAGAAGUGAUGCUUCCAUUCAUAAAAUUAUAGUUCAAUUACCAAUUCAUCUCAUCUUCAAAACAUAAAUCAUAAUUCGUUCCUUUAAUUUACUAUAUAUUACAUUAUUUAUAACACAAUUUUGAUUUUCAUUUUUUUUAGUUCUUAAUUAUAUUGUUUAGGAAUCUCGACAUU